AUGCACUUCUCCACCUCUGUUCUCGGCAGCAUUGUUGCUUUCUGCGCAACUGCCAAUGCCGCUCUCACUCGUGUCAAUGACUUUGGAGCGAACCCUUCCAACCUCCAAAUGAACAUUUAUGUUCCUGCCAAACUUGCGACCAAGCCCGCUAUCAUUCUGGCCCUGCACUACUGCGGCGGUACUGGAGAAGCUUACGCUCAAUCCACAAAAUACAACAGCCUAGCUGAGCAGAAAGGUUUCAUUAACAUCUUCCCGUCCACCAAGAAGGACAACAACUGUUGGGAAGUCAACACCGCCAAGGGCCUCUCUCGCGAUGCCGGCGGUGACAACCAAGGCCUGAACAACAUGAUCCAGUACACCAUCAAGAAGUACGGUGCCGACCCGGCCAAGGUCUUUGUCACUGGAAGCAGCUCCGGAUGUAUGAUGACCAACGUCAUGAUGGCGACCUACCCCGAUGUCAUCGCUGCAGGAUCAUGCUAUUCCGGUGUCGCAGCGGGCUGUGUAGCAGGCAGCCCCGGCGCCAGCCCAAGCACUGCAGACCCGCGAUGCGCAAACGGCCAAGUUAUCAAGACGCAAGCGGAAUGGGUGGCGCAAGUCAAGGCCAUGUACCCAGGCUACACUGGCACCUACCCUCGCAUGGCGACAUGGCACGGUACUGCUGAUACCCUGGUCAAGAUUCCAAACUUGGGCGAGCAACUUAAGGAGUGGAGCGGACUGUUGGGUGUUUCGUUCACAAAGAACGUGACGAACACCCCGCAGAGCGGAUAUACACAAAUGGUGUAUGGGGAUGGAACCAAACUUGUAGGAUACAGUGCGUUGAACGUGGGACACACCGUGCCAGUACACGAAGCGGAGGACCUGAAAUGGUUUGGACUCUGA